UCGACGUGCAUGACACUGACAAACCCGACUGCAUUAAUUAUAAUUGCGUGAUUCUGAGCGAUCGCGCCGUCCUAUAAAAUGUCUGAGCCAGACGCAACUCAAACUGCACUUCAAUCCUUUCUUUCAUUCACUUGAAUAACUCAAAGAACAAACAUCAUACCAAUAUGUCUACUAUUCCUCAUGGCGGUAUUCUCAAGGAUCUCAUCGCAAGAGACAAUGCAAUUUCUCACCAACUUAGAGAGGAAGUAGAGACCUUGCCUGAUAUCAUCCUCACUGAGCGACAACUCUGUGAUUUAGAGUUGAUUGCCAAUGGAGGCUUCAGCCCUCUGGAAGGUUUUAUGACGGAGAAGGAUUAUAAGAGCGUUGUUGAUACUCUUCGGUUGGCUGACGGUGUUUUAUUCCCCAUUCCUAUCACUCUGGAUGUCUCUGGCCAAGAAAUAAGCCGUCUCUCGAUCGUCCCCGGCUCGCGGGUUACCCUUCGCGACCCACGGGAUGAAGAGGCUCUUGCCAUAAUAACCGUCGAGGAUAUCUACAAGCCAGACCGCGUCAAAGAAGCAGUUCAAGUCUUCGGUGCCGACGACCCUGCUCAUCCAGCUGUCAGCUAUCUUCGCAAACGCGUACAGGAGUUCUAUGUCGGCGGAAAAAUCCAAGCCAUCCAAGCUCCCGCUCACUUCGACUAUGUCGCACUCAGAUUUACCCCCGCAGAAUUGCGAGCUCACUUCAAAAAACUGUCCUGGAGGAAAGUCGUUGCGUUCCAAACGCGCAAUCCGAUGCAUCGUGCUCACCGUGAACUGACCGUUCGUGCUGCCCGACAAAGACGAGCAAAUGUCUUGAUUCAUCCUGUUGUCGGACUAACCAAGCCCGGCGAUGUCGACCAUUACACUCGGGUUCGCGUGUACGAAGCCAUCAUGGCCAAGUAUCCCAAUGGAAUGGGACAUCUUGCUCUGCUUCCUUUGGCGAUGCGCAUGGCAGGCCCUCGCGAAGCCGUAUGGCACGCUAUCAUCCGUAAAAACUUCGGCGCAACUCACUUUAUCGUUGGCCGUGAUCACGCUGGCCCCGGAAAGAACUCCCAAGGAAAGGACUUCUAUGGCCCUUACGAUGCGCAGGACCUUGUCACCAAGUACCGAGACGAACUUCAGAUCGAGAUGGUGCCUUUCCAACAGAUGACUUACUUGCCUUCGGCAGACGAGUACCAGCCUGUUGACGAAGUUCCCAAAGGAGUUCAGACCCUUGAUAUUUCUGGCACUGAGCUCCGCAGACGUCUCAAGACUGGCGCGCCCAUUCCUGACUGGUUCAGUUAUGACGCUGUUGUAAAAACCCUCCGUGAAAGUUACCCACCUCGCAAUCUACAAGGAUUCGUCCUCUUCCUUACUGGAUUGCCCAAUUCUGGAAAAGAGAAGAUUGCCAAGGCCUUGCAGGUCUCGCUUAACGAACAAGGAGGCCGUAGUGUUUCCCUUCUCCUUGAGGAUGGAAAUACCGAAGAGAGUAUUGACAGAGCUGGGUUUGUUGCCGCCGAGCUCGCGCGCGCUGGUGCUGCAGUCAUCACUGCGCCAUUUGCUCCCAAAGAGGACGCUCGACAGGCUGCCAAAGACACUAUCCUUCACUCUGCCGGUGCUGGCGGUAACGUCUUCUUAAUUCACGUCGCAACACCUCUCGAGCACUGCGAAAAGACGGAUAGGAAGGGUAUCUAUGCCAAAGCACGUCGCGGUGAAAUCACUGGAUUCCCCGGCAUAGACGUGGAAUACGAAAGGCCUUCGUGUGCCGACCUUACAGUAGACUUGGUGUCGCAGAGCGUGCCAGAAGUUGUUCAUAGUAUCGUCUUGUUAUUGGAGAUAAAAUCUUUGGUGUAAACAUCUUGUAGAAUAGCCAUUGUAAUUGUAUAUCUAGACAUUUGAGGAUCCAAUGUAUGAAUUAUAUGCACGAAUGGGAAUCGGCAAUCUCCCGGGGAGGACUUCUUUCCUCU